AUGGGACGAACGGAGGAGCCAGCAUGCACGUCAGGAGAAUGCCUCUGGAAAAAAACAAAACAACUUACAGAUGCAGACAUCCUGGAGCUCAAGCUGAUUGCCCCAGAAGCUGCUGUCCUGACCAGUUUUGAAAAUAGUGACACAGACACAGCAUCUGAGUGUGAGCCAGAGGAGCAUCGCCCUGAGCUGCCAGAACCACUGACCGCCUUGUAUGACUCCUCCCUUGGGCAGCAGGUGCCACAGGACAUCACAGAACGAUUCGAGUUCUCUCCCAUUGCUCCUUCUCUCUCACAGCCCUCUCAGACUCACGCUGCAGUGCCUCUUCUCAAGUCUUUUCCUCUCAGCCAGUCUUUCACGUACUCGCUGGAGCUCCGCCAGUCUCUGCGCCUCCUUCCUCCAAUCGCCUUCUUACCUAACAGCUCUUGCUUCCGCUUCUCCUACUGUAACGCGAACCACACGGUGAUGGAGGAGGUGAUGGAGGAGGUGAUGGAGGAGGUGAUGCAGGAGGUGAUGGAGGAUGUGAUGGAGGAGGUGAUGGAGGAGGUGAUGGAGGAGGUGAUGGAGGAGGUGAUGGAGGAGGUGAUGCAGGAGGUGAUGGAGGAGGUGAUGGAGGAGGUGAUGCAGGAUGUGAUGGAGGAGGUGAUGGAGGAGGUGAUGGAGGAGGUGAUGGAGGAGUUGCUGCCAGCAGAGGGCGCACUUGUCCUGUGUGCACUCAAGAACUGCUGCUUCACAGCCCCUCACAGAGACUGCUUCACAGACCCUCACAGAGACUGCUUCACAGACCCUCACAGAGACUGCUUCACAGACCCUCACAGAGACUGCUUCACAGACCCUCACAGAGACUGCUUCACAGACCCUCACAGAGACCGCUUCACAGACCCUCACAGAGACUGCUUCACAGCCCCUCACAGAGACUGCUUCACAGAGACAGACCCUCACAGAGACUGCUUCACAGACCCUCACAGAGACUGCUUCACAGACCCUCACAGAGACUGCUUCACAGACCCUCACAGAGACUGCUUCACAGACCCUCACAGAGACUGCUUCACAGACCCUCACAGAGACCGCUUCACAGACCCUCACAGAGACCGCUUCACAGACCCUCACAGAGACUGCUUCACAGCCCCUCACAGAGACUGCUUCACAGCCCCUCACAGAGACUGCUUCACAGCUCGGAGGGAAAGGAGGAAUUGGGCUGGGAGGCACCAGAAAGUUUGUAUUAGCUGUUAUUAG